AGCGAAAACCUUUACAGCGCUAUUAAAAAUCGAAACUCGCAAGUUUUUGAAAUGUUAGUAAAAUUGAAAAAUAUACCUAAAGAACCCACAAUACGCAUCCUAGCGGAGUGCUUUAUAACUGUGGUGUUGUUUGUCAUAUCCUGUAAAUUUUACAAACUAUAUAAAGGACUGGUAAAACGUGGUUUCUUUUGCGAUGAUGAGAGUUUAAAAUAUCCCUAUCAUGAGGAUUCCGUGAGUGUUACCUUGUUAUUGACACUCUCUUUGUAUGUGCCUAUCACUGUGAUGGUGUUUUGCGAGAUUGUGCUAUUUCUAGUUGGAAGGCGAAGAUGCACCACUGUCCAGGAUAAGGGAUUUGCUAGAGCUUUUCUGAAAUUACAUCACAAUAUAACGCCAUUUGUAUGUGGCUUUGCCUUGCAUACCCUAUUUAUGCAUGUGGCUAAGAUUACUUUGGGUCGCCUGAGACCACAUUUCUUUGAGGUUUGUCAACCAUAUCGCACUUCAGAUGACACAACCUGCGACAGCCCUAAAAAUCAUGGUCUCUAUAUAGAGGACUAUGAAUGCAGUAAUCCUUACAGUACCCGAUAUAUGCUAUACAAUGUACAUCUUUCGUUUCCCAGUGGCCACUCAGGUUCUAUAUUUUAUGGGAUGAUUUUCAUCAUUCUCUAUUUACAACGUUUCUCCAAGACUCUAAGCCAAUGCAGGAUAAAUAUUGGUCUUUUUAUGAUGGUCGCGCAAAUGCUGUGCGCUCUAUUGGCCUGGUUUGUAGCCUUGAGUCGUGUGAUGGAUUACAAACACCACUGGUCAGAUGUUUUGGUUGGCAUCAUGCUGGGCACAUCAGUUGCCAUUGCGGUUACGCUGUAUGUGUGUCAACAGUUAAAGAGUGUGAACGAUUUGCACGAGGGCGUUAAUUCAUCAAAUUCAGAGACAACAUCCACCACGACAUUCACAGCAACUACAGCAAAUAGUAUUUUAGUUAAAUAACUGCUGGAAGUGUUGAUUAUGUUGAUUUUAAAGGCGAUCGAAAACCUCACUGCCUGCAUUUUAAAGAAGUCAUGACUGAUUAUGUUCAAAACAUUAAAAGAAAUUGUUAUUUUCAGGCACUUUGUCGCUGAAUCAUUCACCCAGUACUAUUUCCAAAAACAAUAUUAUUUCAUAAAUAAAUCUAGGUUCGCGGUUAUCUCUGAAAUAUUUUGAGAUUUCCAUCCAAAUAAAAUAAAGUCAAGUUUUUUUAAAAAAUAACAA